CGGGCUACAAACUGUUUCUUCUAUCGGGAAUUGGAUCCUUAAUGUUUUGUUGCUCUAUUUAUUUCCCUGAGAUAUAUACAUGGUGUUAUCCAGUCAUGUUUGAAGUAAAUUUAAGAGGAACAAAGUUUUUCUCAAGUUCUACAGCGGUGCAGCAUCUUUUAGAAAACCUAUCAAAGAAAAGUAGAGCAGAAAUUCUUGCGGACGGUAGUUACUAUUUAGACAGAAAUCCGUUAAUAUUUCAUCACAUUUUAGAUUUCUAUUGUGGAGGCGAAUUUCAUCUGCCAAGGAAUAUCUGCCCAGUGCAAGCACAGAAAGAGAUGGAAUUUUGGAUGAUUCCCAUGAAGGAAAUUCCUGUCUGUUGCUACGAAACAUUGCAUGACGACAAACAAACCGAGUACAAGACGAUAAUUCUAGAUGAGGGCAGUAGUGAAGGAAAACAUCCCUUUACGUUGGAACGAGCAGUUUACUCUAGCACCUGUUCCUUAACCAACAUUCGCAGCAAACUUCUUCAUGCGCUGAAUUCUCCGCUAAAGUCAUGGCUAGGAAAGAUAUGGUUGUUCAUCGUUGCAGUGUUUACAGCUGUAUCCAUUACCGUUUUCCUCCUGGAAAGCUCCGCUCUAUACCGUGUCCAGAGAAGUGGUCAGCCAACCAAUAAAACGUAUGAAUUGUUCGGCCACAACAAAAAACUGCUCAAAAUUAUGACAACCAAGACGUCUUUUGAGAUGGCAUUUGCAGAGCUUCUAUCCAACACUGUCCUUAUGUUUGAUCUCCUCCUGAGGUUCAGCAUUAGUCACAAGAAAAAACAAUUUUGUAAAAAGCCUCAGAAUAUUCUGGAGUUUAUGACAGAGAUGAUUAUUUAUGGCUUCUCGAUUGCAGAAUACAUGGUUGAUGAUGAUGAAGCUGUAGAAAACUUUUCGUAUGAGAUGUCACUCUGGCUUCAAGUCCUUUAUUCGCUUCGUGUAAUUCGAAUUUUUCGCAUCAUAGAUACGAGCUCAGAAAUGAAAAUGCUUAAGCUAUCACUGCUGAAAAGCAGAAAUGAAAUUUGUCUGUUUAUAACCGUGUUGACAUCUUUUGCGUUUAUUUUUGGGUCGUGUGUAUAUUGGGCCGAAUUCCUUAAUCCAGAUACCUAUCCAAACAUCUUUAUCGGGAUCUGGUGGGCAUUUGUUACCAUGACAACUGUUGGAUAUGGCGACUUCUACCCCAAGACAACCUCUGGAUAUUUGGUUGGAGUUUUGACUUCAACGUGUGGUUUGAUACUCUUAGCCAUGCCAAUAGCGAUGAUAUCAUCAAACUUCAGUAAGAUAUAUGAUUGUUAUAACUUCAGGAAAAUUCAUCUUAAAAAGGUUGAUUUAAAAAAUCGGACACCAUUAUUAUACCAUUCCAUGGAAAGUGAUUCUCUGUAACGUGUGGGAUACUGACUACCUUUUAAAGAUACCAUUAGACUUGUUUAUUUUGCACUAGUGGAAUUUUCGUUGACAUCACGAGUCAUUUCUAGUUUAAUAGAAAUUGUUAUGAAUGUACAUAAAAAAAAUUCCAAGCACAAAUGCCCCAUUGACACACCGUUUCAAGAAUCGAAAAGUAAAUGGAUUCCCAUCUAAAUACAUGUAUUUUGCUAUAAGAGGGACCAAAUCUAAUGAAAUAUAUACCGCUAUUUUCUUAAAGAGGUUCGCACCUGACAUUUGGAGUAAUGUCAAUGUUUUGGGAAGUGUAUUUUUCAUUUUUACGUUGAAGGAGAAUUAGGAAAUUGAAAAGAAAAACUGGGGUCGCAAUGCUUGUUAUUGACCUACGGUGUUCUAAACAUGACCUUUUUGCACUUAUAAUUUAUUCAAUUAAAUUUUAUUUGUCUGUUGGUGUCAACACCAUAUAAUCAACAAAAAUCAAUCAUUGCAUGAAAUAGAUACAUAAUCCUGUCUUCUAACAAUACAGAUUUUAAAAAAUUUAAUACAAUCAACGGAAAUAAAUUACCUUUUUGCAUUUAAUAUACGAAAAACUUCAUGAUAUCGAAUUUGAGAGUUUAAAAUGACAUAUUGGGAGUAAUGUCAAUUUCUAAAAUUUCACAUAAUUGUCAAGGUCUUGUCUUAAAUUUUAAACUAGAACUAAAAAACAAGAGGUGGGAGACCAAAUUUUUAAAUUAUCGGCGAUUGACCGAUUGAUUGAUGUUUUCCGCCACACUCAACAAUUUUGCAGUUAUAUGGUGGCGCCCAAGUUGUUUUUUUUUUUUAUUGGUGGAAGAGAGACUCCAGAUACAAAGUACCUGGGAAGAGACCACCGAUCUUCCGAGAGUAAACUGGGAAGCUUUCUCACUCAACGGCGCGAGCGGCGAAAAUAUUGAAUGUUUAAUAUGCAAAUCUUGAAGUAAAUUAAUUUUAACCUUUUUAAGAAUUGGUGCUAUAUUUGGAAAACAGUUGAUGCGGCUGAGGAAAAAUAAGUCGUGUAACGUCUACACGAAGAACAUUAUUAAAAUAUGAGGAAGUAAGUAGCGUAUAAUUGAUGUGAAAUUUUAAUUGACAGUUCCGAAAUCUUCCAUACUAGUCUGAAUUUCGCUGCUGUCAUAGGCGAGAAACGACUCCGUGACCUGGACCGGUAAAUGUCCUAGUAAAAAUAAACAAGUGAAAUCGAGAGAACGAUGACGUGUAUCUUUGUUAUUUUAAGAACCAGUGACUUGAAAUUUGGCAUGCAAGUAGUUAAAACAUUAAUCUAUGCAUGGAAAACGACAAACUACGCAUAGCUUACCUAGUUUAAGAUUUUUUAGGCAUUUGAAGCGAGUGGUUAGUUUUUUAUCUGUGUCAGAGUUAGACCCCUUUCUAUAUUUAUGGCAUCACAGAGUUCGGGCCCAAAACGGGCUUAGCCCCUGUGUGCAAAACCUUUUCAAAAUUGAAUUGACACAUUUUUUCAACUGGAUAGGGUUCAGUAAUAUAUCUGGGAUCUCUCUUCCAUCAAUAAAAACUGGGCGUCACCAGAUAACUGAAAAAUUGUUAAGUGUGGCGGAAACAUCAAGACAAACAAAACAAACGAACUAGAUCGUUAUGACAACCAUCUGCUCCUAUAAAAACAAAGGGGGGGGGGGGGGUAAAUCAAUUACUAGAGCAUUACAUCUAUGUCAACGGAUAUGCGAAAUCGCUUUCGUAUAUCACUGAGUUAUGAGUAUAGUGGCAGAAGACAGGAUGAAUAAAAUGAAAGGGAUGUACCGCUGGCCUAGAUGCGCCAGUGAUACAUGUAUGAUAGGUGCAAAAUAUAAGAUAUAAUUUGAACACCACAGUUAGAUCCGUAAAAGCGGAAUAAACAAUGGGCUGCUAGUCUACAUAAUAAUUGAUUUAUUUGUCACAGUAGGAGUACGUAAUUACUAUUAACUGAUUAUGGAAGGAUCGAUGUCGGUUAGUAGUCGUUCCGUGGUUGUUGUUGUAUAAGCUGGUUUCAAUUUUACUUUCACGUUUUAUUUGGUCGGGCUCAUUUCAAUAGUACAAUUAUGGUACAUUAACAAAAAUUAAAUGAUUAUAAUUUAUUUUUUAUUGUAUCCUCGUCUUUGAUUGGUCAAAUUUCAAUUGAGGAACGCAGGUUAUUUUUGUAUAACCUGGUUUGGUAUGGGGACACAACCCCUUGACAACCAGAUACCGGAACUAUUUUUUUCUCUCUCUCUAAAAUUACAUCACAGCACUGUUUUCAGCCUUCUAUGAAAUAGAAAAUCAAUAUGUACAAUAAGAUACUUCGGUUUGAUACACAUAUUGUUUUCUCGUUGUCAAUAUUAGCAUCUACUUGUACGCAAAUCAUUGUUGUAAAACAUCUUUCUCUGUAUGAUGGUCUAAUAAUAGAUUAAAACAAAGAUAUAUUCAAAUUAAUGAUUUACCAAGUAAGCAUUGCCCUGUUCAUUUUGAAAUACAUUUCUCACUGGGGAAGGGGAGGGGGUGUUUCGUUGUUUGAUCCGCCUUUCCACGAAGCAAAAACAAAAUUCAUACGUCACAUUUUAUCACAUGACGUUAGUCACUUUGACAUGUGGAUCGCAAAUUGUCACUUGCUUUUAAAUACAUAUUUUCUUGUGUUGAAAUUACUAUUAGCGACAACGUUGCAUGCAGGGGUGAGUUUUCAUGUAGUAGAAGUUUUCACAGAGUUAAAAGCCGCAAAUUAUUGCAUUUUCUGAUAUUUAAAGAUUUAUUUUGGGUAGGUCUAAACAAUGCAGUUUCGGAGAUGAGCGACUUCAAAGUCGAUCUCUAUCUCUUAAAGGGCAGGGAAUUAUGCAUCGCAUGCAUACAUUUUUUUUUUGUAGGUUACACAUAUUUUCUAUCAUGACAAACUUUUUUUUUAAUUUAUAAUUUUUUUUUAAUUUCACAAAUAUUGACAUAAGACAGAAGAAAAUUUGUCAUUUUUUUCUAACCACUUUCACACACUACUCGCACUCAUACUUUUGUUGGUACCGGUAAGUGCUUACAUUUUUAAUAUAAUUGUAAGAGAAAAAUGAUAACAAUACAGAGCUCGAGUAAAUAGAUAAAAUUACAUGUGGCUUCAAAUGUAGAGAAAAAAAUAUUGCUUGAAAUAGCAAAAUUAUGAUUUUUUUAUGUUGUCAAAAAGUGUUUUCCAUACAAUAUUUUGAUAAAUAGCCUAGGCUCCGUAGAACUAAGAUUAAAGAUGGCGACCUUCACAGCUAGACGAUUCGUCGUUGUUGCUAAGUGAAUCAUUGCGCGACUCAGUUGACCUGUAUUUUUCCGAAUUUAUGUACAUUUUGAUAAACGAAGGUUCGUAUCUUUUUCUCUUGCAUUAGAUUAUAAGGAUUAUAAAGCGUAAACUUACCCAAACCAGGUUAUACUCGUAUAACUUGCCCCAGAAUUAAUGUCAUUCCUUAAAUAUCUAAUGUACAUGUAUUUCGUAGAGAGAUUUUUUUAUAAAAUGACAAGAACACAUCUAUAUACAUUACGAUUUAUGUCCAUUGAGCAUUACCACCGUGUUCUGGAAGAACAGGAAACAGUCUCGUAUACAGAAGCAACAUGCACAAGAAAAUGGGCGUCUGGAAUCUUUCGGAGUGGUCUAGAACUACAGUCACAUUAAUCAAAAUCUCACUCAACUGACACAACUUCGCAUGGUUGUACCAGCUUAAACUGGAGGUUUGUCUUUGUUACAUUCUGAUGUAAUUAUACAGUGAUCAGUCUGAGUCAACUUAAGCAUUAUCAGCCAUUUCAAUAUUGCAUAUAGCAAGUAGUGUUCUGCAGUUGUGUAAAAUAAUUUAGUGCCAUGAAAAACAAGCAUUCUGAGAGUAUUGCAGUACUUCCCUACCAGUUGCAAAAAUUCUUGGACCGCAACAAUAUGAAUUAUGUAGGUUAUGGUAAAGGGGAAAAUUGGGGAACCAGGAUAGGAAUGGAUGUCUAUUAACAAUAGCUUUCAUUCAUAUGUCCAUUUGAUAUAUCCCUGUGAGCUCGAAAUAAAGGACACCACAGAGUCCUCCACUUCUGCUUCAUACUUAGAUAUUUUAUUGAAAGUAGACAUUAACGGCAAACUGACAACUCAACUGUAUGACAAACGGGAUGAUUUCAGCUUCUCCAUCGUCAA